CGACGAAGCAAACAGGCCUUCCAACUCCCGCUCUGGUCCCUGUCUGUUGCUAGGGACAGCAAGCUGGCCAUGUUGCUGAGGGAGUCGCUAGGCAACAUGAACUGCCGGACCACUAUGAUCGCUCACAUCUCUGCGUCGCCGAGGGACUUCUCCGAGACGCUCUUCACCGUCCAGAUCGCCUCCCGCGUCCUGCGGCUGAAGAAGAGGAAGACCAAGGUCACCGUGCAGUACACCUCCAGCUCUUCGGGGGGGGACAGCUCUUGUGAGGAGGGACGCAUGCGGCGCCCCACCCACCUGCGGCCCUUCCAUCAUCGCGGUGACGCCCCGGGGGGCCUGCUGCGAUUGGCCGGCGACCCGGACCCCGAGUACUCCAGCAGCGAGCAGUCGUGCGACACGGUGAUCUACGUGGGGCCGGACGGCGCCGCCGUGUCCGACCGCGAGCUCACCGACAACGAGGGACCGCCCGCCUGCGUGCCCAUCGUCCCGGCGAUGCUGCGCGGCAAAGGGGCGGAGCCGCCGCCAGCCACGCCCCCCGCCCCCCAGGGCCAGGGCGCGACCGCCGGGGGCCAGAGCACGGCCCAGUCCCAGUGUGAGGCCCACCCGUCCCCCCAGUGCCUGCUGGGCCAGCCGCUGGCCCCCGUCCCAGAGGAAGGGGCCGAGUGUCUGAAGUGCAACACCUUCGCUGAGCUGCAGGAGCGACUGGACUGCAUCGACGGCAGCGAGGAGGUGGCCAAGUUCCCGUUUGAGGAGGUUCCACCGACCGCCCAGCAGGACCAGCAGGACCCAGAGGCCGCCGCCCCCCUGCUCCUGGAGUCCGCUGAUCCCGGUUCUGCUCCCGGUUCUGCUCCCGGCUCUGCUCCCGGCUCUGCUCCCGGUUCUGCUCCCGGUUCUGUUCCUGCCCCGGACAUGGGAUCACAAGCCGCGAGCCACGACCAGCAGCUGCAGGAGAUCCGUGACGUGGUGGAGGAGGCGGAGCUAGCCCACACCAUGAUCCACAGCCUGGCCCACGGCUCUGGAUCCUCAUUGGCCAGCGGGGCCAGGAGCAUGACAGGAAGUAGUUCCACCGCCUUCGACCCCCUGCAGAGGACCAAGGGCUCCGGCCUCCACGACAGCCGGGAGUCGCUGGCCGGCGGCGUGGGGGAGAGUAAGCCACGCCCCCUGGGAUCACCACGCCUCGGCAUCGCCAGCCUGACCAAGACGUCAGAGUACAGACCUCCCUCCUCCCCCUCCCAGAGGUGUAAGGUCUACACCCAGAAAGGUGUGAUCCCCGGGACCCCGCCCCUCUCCUCCCACUCCCUGGCUCAGGACGGCCAGUCGACGGAGGCAGUGACCCCGCCAGAGGACCACAGCGUGGCGGCCGACAGCGGUCGCUCCUCGACCGACUCUGCCCUGUCCCGGGCGUCGCCGGUGGGGAUGAGCCUCCAGGUCCAGGAGCCGGCGGCGGGGGGACGCCGUCUGUCCGCCAGCCACGGCUCGGCCGAGACGCUGUGCGACGAGGAGGUUCCUCAGAUCCCUCUGGACGCGCUCCGGGACGGCCUCGCCGGGACCCUGUCCCCCCUGGGGCAGCUCUCCCUGGGGGAGGACGAGUUGCUGUUCACCCCGGGGGAGGUGUCCCGGGACGCCGUGGGGAGGCCGGGCGGCCGGCCCCCCAGCAUGGUGAGCUUCACCAGCGAGGUCUGCCCGGGGGCGCUGCCCGUCAGCAUCAUCGGCAGCCUGGGGGGGGAGACCGCCCACCUGGAACAUUAUGGAGGGCCCGCUGUCAGCGCGCCCAGGGCCGGGGUGACGGAGGUGGUCGCCAUGGCGGAGGUGGCCAUGGCCAAGCUGCGGCUGGAGGGGGAGGCCCUCACCACGGUGACGCCCAGCUGGGCCUCCUCCAUCUCCUCCUGGCUCAGUGACCUGAGCGUGGGCAGCGAGGCCGAGACGUCCCUGCACAGCUUCAGCCAGACCCACAGCCAGGAGGGGGAGGCCCUGGCGGACCCGGACCCCGUCCAGAGCCUGUGCUCCAGAGCGGGGGCCCCUGGAGAGCUCAUCCCCCAGGGCCCGGCUGGAGCCCAGCGGAGAGGAGGGGAGGGGGAGAGGCUGCUGUCUGAGGGCGGGGGCGAGAGAGGAACCCUGACGAGGGAGAGGCUGAAGACCCUGCCCCACUCUGGGGGUAAGGCCGGCGUGCUGUCCCUGGGCAGGCCCGGUUCCUUCUCCCCUCUCAGGACCGUCAUCAGCGUCCACCCGUGUCUGGCCGGCCACCUAGCGGCCGUCUGCAGUGAGAUGAACUUUGAGGACCCCUGGCUGAAGCGCGGGAGGGACGGGAUGCGGUCAGAGGAGAUGGUGUGCAGCGCGAGGGCAGAGACGAAGCGGGCGGACGAGGUCCCCGUCUCCUCCCCCAGGCGGGGGUUGGACGGCUGUGAGAAGACGGCCGCUGUCCUCCAAGGAGACGGUCUGUACAGCCCCGACGUCCACCGCACCGCCAGCCUGCCGCGGGGCUGGCACCGCCUCAACCGCCACGACGGCCUGGAGACCGGCGGGGACCACCGCCACCUGGGCGUGACCACGUCGACGCCCUGCAGCCCGCAGGCCACGCUGGACCGGAGGGGCUACAGGGCGGGGUUCUUCUCCCACAAGAAGGGGGGGGUCCCCCCGCCGCCCCCGGUGCGGAAGUCCAGCCUGGACCAGCGCAACCGGGCGGCCGGCUCCCCCCUCAGCCCGCUCCACCAGCCCAGCCACGGGCUCUCCUUCCUGGGCGGCAGCGUCGCGGACGACCUGGGUCUCUCCGGGGGUUGGCCAAACAACGCGGCGAUGGCCAAACAACGCGGCCCGAGCGCCGACAGCAGCCGUCUGUUCAGCGCUAAGCUGGAGCAGCUGGCUAACAGGACCAACUCGCUGGGCAGGGCCCACGGCCACCACGGCGGGACCCCCCAGUACGACUGCUUCUCCCUGGAGAGGGGCGGCAGUCUGAAGGGAGGAGGAGGAGGAGCGAGGGGGGACAGCACCAUGCCCCGUAGCGGGCGCAGCCUCUCCCGGGCCGGCUCCGUCUCUACUCCACAAGGACACGGCGGCGGCGGCGGCGGCUCCUGCUUCGUCUCCGUCCCGGGGACCUGCAGCGCUCCGCAGUCUCCGGCGAAGGGCGGCGGCCAGUCCAAGAUCUCCGCCGUCAGUAAGCUGCUGAUGGCCAGCGGCCCCAAGGCCAGGAGCUUAUCGUCCUCCAGCACCAAGACCCUCAGCAUCUCCACCAAGUCCCUCCCCCAGGCCUUCAACCGCAGCGCCAGCCCGCCGGCCAGCGCCAAGGCCCAGGCCCCAGUGGCACCGGCUCCCGUGCAGCAGCAGACCCCCCCCUCCGGGUCCUGGUCCACCCAGUCUCUGAGCCGCAGCCGGGGCGGCAGCCUGGCCACCAAGCUGCCGCUCAGAGCCGUCAACGGCCGCAUCUCGGAGCUGCUCCAGGGCAGCGCCGGCGCCCGCGCCCGCGGCCACGCCCCGGCGGGGGGCCCCGAGGCCGGGGAGGAGAAGGGACCCGGGGCCGCGGGUGCUGCCGGAGACCCUGGUGGAGCGGCAGCCGCCGGAGCAGGAGCAGCGAGUGGGGCCGCAGGGGGAGCAGCGGUCCUCCAGGCGGAGGAGAAGCCCGCCGUGGUCCAGACGCUCCCCUCUCCCUACAGUAAGAUCACGGCUCCCAGGAAGGCCCAGCGCUGCAGCAGCGGCCACGCCAGCGACAACAGCAGCGUGCUGAGCGGCGAGCUGCCCCCGGCCAUGGGCAAGACGGCGCUGUUCUACCACAGCGGGGGCAGCAGCGGCUACGAGAGCAUGCUGAGGGACAGCAGCGAGAACACGGGCAGCACCUCCUCCGCCCAGGACUCGGUCAGCGAGCACAGCUCCGCCUCCUCCCGGCGGAGCUCCAAGACCAGCAAGAAGAGCCGCAGCAGCACAGGCCUCCAGCGGCGCCGUCUGAUCCCGGCCUUGACCCUCGACCCCUCCUCCUCCUCCUCCUCCUCCCCCACCCACCGCUCCUCCAAGGCCGCCGCCACCUCCUCCUCCUCCUCCUCCUCCAGCCCCAGUGCAUGCUGGGUAGACGGCCCCCUGGGGCCACCGGCGUCCCCGAACCCGAGGGGCGGAGCUUCCCCCAGCCCGAGGGGCGGAGCUUCUCCCAGCCCGAGGGGCGGAGCUUCCACGGCGGAGGCGUUUGAGAUCAAAGUGUACGAGAUCGACGACGUGGAACGGAUGCAGCGGAGGAGAGAGAAGGGAGGCAAGGAGGUGGUGCACGUCGCCGGCCCUAAGCCCCGCCCACCGGACCCCCGCCAGCCGGACCCCCGUCUCCUGGAGCACAGGCAGCAGCGCGUCACGGAGCUGCGGGCGCGCUACGGGGCCCUGAGGGAGGAGCUGGAGCAGACCAAGCAGCACCUGAUGCUGGAGCCACAGCAGUGGACCGCCGAGUUCGAGCUGCAGCCGGUCGCUGAGCUGGACUCCUUGGAGUACCUGGAGGCUCUGGAGAUGGUGACCUUCAAGCUGGAGACCAGGGUGAACUUCUGCAAGGCCCACCUGAUGAUGAUCACCUGCUUCGACGUGUCCUCAAAGCGCAGGUAGAAGGAGCGGAGACCUCGGAUUCGGUCUGGAAUCAAACAAUGGCUGCGAUACCACCCCCAGUCCCGCCCUGAGGCCGGGGGGGCGAGAGACAUCGUCUCACCAGGGGCCCAGAGGCUCAGACUGAUGUAAAUACAAAGCGUGUUCUCUCUGUCUCAUCACCCCGUGUUGUUGUGUAGGUGAAGGAAAUGGAGAGCGAGCAAAGGGCCGACGAGGGACCAGAGAAAGGCAGAAAGGAAUCUUUGGAUGGAAGACAAGUGCCUUGAGAACGCUGCAACGACCACAGACCGAUUCUCUCCGUAUCCGUGUUAAUAACGUUUGGUGCUAGUGUAACAUGUGACACGUUGAACUGCAAAAGAUUGCUGUCCUUGACGAAUCUUUGGAUUUACAACUAAAAGCCAUUUAAUUUGUGGGUUAAGUUAGUCUCCGGUUACCAGGACCAAACACGCUAAACUGCCAAGCAGGUGUCUCCCAGGGCGUCAGGGUCACCAGUCUUUAGGGGCCAAAAACAUGUUAUUUAUACUGCUGAGAUAUCACAGGAACCUUUUUCAAACCUUUGUAGACCCUGAGGGGCUUUCUGACCGACUGACUGACUGACUGGUUUUUCCACAGUUCUUUGUAUCUGUAUUGUUCUUCUCUUGUCUAGAUAAUGGAAUGCUCAGUCGAUGUGUGUUUUGUAAUAUGAUAUAUGCAUUUCUUUUUUAUUUUAUACGAGCACAAUGUGAGUGUUUAUGCUAGUAGGACAAACAGCCGACAAAGCCAAUUUCGACAGCGUGUUGUGACAUAGAUAAUGUCCAUUUGCUUUCAAACAUAUACACAGAAAUCCAUGACAUGAGGCAGCCUGAAGCCCUCACAUGAACACGGUGGACUGUGUCCACGCUAUUCGGACUAGUGGGGGUUUCAGAAUAAUUAGUGUAAUGUAAGUUUGAUUGACACAAAGAAGUGAUGAGAUUCGUCAGGGGAAAGUGUGUGAACUGUAAUGUGUUGUGUUAAAAGUUAACCGGGAUUAACUUUAAUUAGUCAUAAAAUUAGAGAGAAGUUACGUAAAAGAAAGCCUAUAUGCCCAACAUAUGGGUUUGAAUAACAUUACAAAUAUAGAAAGUACAUGUUUAGUAAGGAACGUCAAAAAGUUGAAGUAUUUAAAGAACAAUCAAAGAGAAGUUAAGAGAGAGAGAAAGGACAGAGGUAGAAAAUAAGAGUUUGGGGGGUCUGGGGUUAGAUCUGUUAAUAAUAAUAAUAAUAAUAAUAUAUGGCGCUUGAGAUGUUGCUGAGCUAAGUGUUUUUACAAAUAUACAAAUACCCUGAUAUGAAUAAGUCAUACGCUUCUUCUACAUCAAACCGUCAGAUCACCCAUGUUCCGUCCCCCUCCCUGUGAGAGCUGUGAGCGAGGAGAGAGGAGAGGGCCGAGGAGACUGAGGGACUCGAUAUCACUGACCAUAAAAACACCUCAAAGGUCAACUAAAGCAGCAACGUCACCGCAUCAACGAGAAGCACAAACAAAGUGAAGAGUACGACACAGAGCGGUCAGCUGACACCAUGAGGUGCUUAUGGUGAAUGGACUGCACUCAUGCCGCGCUUUUCUACCCAGUGGCCACUCAAAGGGCUUUACUAUACUGCCUCACAUUCACACACAGAUCCACAUAAUGACGGCGGUGUCAGCCACGCCGGGCGACAGCUACGCAGGGCGACAGCCACGCCGGGCGACAGCCACGCAGGGCGACAGCCAGCUCGUCAGGAGCAGUCAGGGUGAGGCGUCUCGCUCAGGGACACCUCGACACUCAGCUAGGAGGAGCCGGGGAUCGAACUAGCGGCCUUUCAGGCUACCAGCCAACCCGCUCUACCUCCUGAGCCACAUGCCGCCCAAUUUACCUCAAAAUCUUCAUGCUUAAGGGUUGUUGACUUAAGCAGAACAGCUCUACAUUAGAAGGGUCCUCCUCAGUGAUAUCGUCUCCCUCAGGGCUCCUCUCUGAGUCCUGGAUGAAUGUUAAUUUAUUUGAUCUCGGGAGGGUGGCUUCACACAGAGUUAAUGUUCCUGUUGUUUUGUCUCACAACGUUUGGUUUUAAAAGAAAAUCGACUAUGCAUUUAAGAUUUGCAAUUGUAGAAAGAUACAAGUGUACAUAUAUAACGCGGAGCCCAUGUCAUAUAUAAAUAUAUAUUUACACAUAUCA